GUCCCACUCUCCACUCUGAAAUUUCUUCAACUUUUUGAAAUCACCAUUUCUUUGUUUCAAACGGAUAGAAAACAAACACAUAUCGAAAAUGCUGGACGGUAUCCUCGGUCGUGGAUUCAGCGUCAAAUGCAAAUCUCUGAUAAAAACGAUUCGGGCAAGGAUCGAUGUAGUUAGACGGAGAGUGGAGGCUAAGCAAAGAUUCCUGAGAGAAGAUCUAGCCAAGUUGCUUUCCAAUGGCCUUGAUAUUAACGCUUAUGGAAGGACUGAAGAAUAUCUUGCUGGAUUGAACCUCUUGUGUUUGUAUGACGUUGUUGAGCAAUAUUGCGAGUGCAUCGUGAAGCAACUUUCAAGAAUGCAAAAACAAGGGGAAUGUCCUGAAGAAUGUAGGGAGGCUGUUGCAUCGCUGAUUUAUGCUGCUGCAAGGUUCUCUGAUCUGCCCGAACUGCGAGAGCUCAGAGAUACAUUUCAGCAGCGAUAUGGACAUUGUUUAGAAGUUUUUGUUAAUCAAAAGUUUGUCGAGAAUCUAUCUUCGAGGCCACCUUCAAACGAGAAGAGACUCCAGGUAUUGCAAGAUAUAGCUUCCGAGUUUUCAAUUAAAUGGCAUUCUAGUGGAUUUCAGCGGAGGUUGGCGGCUACUCAUUCAGUAGUAAUUCAGCAGGUAGACGUACAAAAAGCGGAUAUAGUGAAACAAAGCUCUAGAAUUUUGGACGAGAAGAGAAUAAUUCACAGCUACGGUGAAACUAAUGUGUCGAGAAAAGACGAAGACGAAUCAAAUCAUCAUAUCAUUAAAAGGAACGAAACAACCGAUUACAGAGAGAAGUCAGUAUUGAAGAGGGGGGGAGGAAGUAGGUUGCAAGGUGAUGAUGGAAUUAAACAUUCAUAUCCUGCCGACAAAGGUGGUGCACAAUUGAAGGUAGAAAGUCGAAACAGAGCUUUCCACGAGAAAGUGCUGGAUAAUAAUGUUGACACGGGAUCCACUACACGUAGUAACCGUUCUUGUAAUCCAAGAAAAGGAGAAAGCACGGAAUAUCCCGGAAAAACCGAAAAUGUCAUUUCUUACAACUGUUCCAAUCAAGAUAAUGCAAUGAACUCGAUAAGUAAAAGACUGGAUGAAGGAUCUGACAGGUUUAAAUCUUGCGCUAGUUAUACCAUCCCUCCACCACCGUAUGUGAGAUCAAAAGACGAUAUCCCUUGUCCUCCAUAUACAAAGCCCAAGGAAGAUAAAGACAGGCAUACUAGAAGUUCUAAGCAUGCUGGUUUUGAUAUGGAUGAAGAUGACACAGGUAACACAAAGACGGAAAAAAAUGUUGCACCUACUAAAGUAAAGAAUUAUGACCGCGGAAAAGAGGUCGAUUAUCAGAUUCCCUUGCCGAAACCACGGUCAAUUCAAAGGAAACACCACAAAUCAUCGUCCAACUAUAUCGUUGAAGAUGUCGGAGGUGUGAAUAGGAGCUCCAGUAGUCGAAGAAAGGAUCGUUCGAGAAAGGAUGACGAGGAAAGAAUGAUGGACAAGAUGUUGAUUCAUUACAGCAAGAAACAAUCAAGCUAUGAUGAAGUAAAGUUGAGGAAUAAGUUGUCGGCUAAACCUUCACAUGUAAGAACUAGUGAUGAUGGUGAAUCAUCGAUUAGUCAAAGCAGAGAUGCGGAUUAUCGGGAACUUGGAUUGUUUCCACCGCCAAGUAGAUCUGUUUCUCUUCCGACUGCUUUACCAGAAUCAGAGAAGGUUCUUAGCCGCGCUAAUACUUUCCAAGCAGAUAAUCAGGCACCGCAUGUGCAUCCCAAAUUACCUGACUACGACGAUUUAGCUGCAAGGUUUGCUGCUCUUAAGGGUACAUAAAUAACACUAGCUAAUGAAGCUGAUUAGAUUAGCUAUCUCUAAUCCCAAACAUUUGCAUAUCUUCGAGUUCCUAUACGUGUGUGAAUUUAGUCCUACGAUUAAAUUGAGUGUUGUGAGAACUGAUAGUUGUAGAAGCUUUCCAACUUGCUUCCAAGAUGCUUAUUGUAAUUCUUUGCAAAUAUGUAUAUUGUAGGCUUUCUGAGUUGUAAUACUGUAAGAUUUGGGCAGUGUAAUCCCUUCAUUCAACUGAUUUUGGCCUAAUUUCUAUGGUUUAUAAUUAAGCAAAUGUUUGAAUCA